AAUCUAGUAUAGGAGAUUGGCAUGUGCAUGAAGAAGAUUUUGUAGUUCAGUUCACUACUUCUUUCUCUUUUUAAAAAGAGGAAGCGCAUGGAGAAGGAAGAAAUGGAUGCUGCUUUGAUUCAUGAGGAAAUGGCUCAGCAACACAAGAAUCCACUUGUACAAAGAAGCAAGGGUGGCUUCAUCACCAUGCCUUUCAUUAUAGCAAAUGAGUCACUAGCUAAGCUUGCUAGUGUUGGGCUAAUCCCAAACAUGAUACUGUAUUUGACUAAGGAUUACAGGGUGAGAGUAGUGAAAGCAACACAGAUCAUGUACUAUUGGUUGGCAGCUACAAAUUUCACUCCGGUGGUGGGUGCUGUCAUUGCUGAUUCAUAUUUGGGUCGCUUCCUCGCCAUUGGUUUGGGUUCAAUACUCUGUUUCCUGGGGAUGGCAGUGUUGUGGUUAACAUCCAUGAGUCCAACGGCAAGACCUCCACCUUGUCUUCACUCAACUGAAGAUUGCCAAUCUGCAACAACAAGCCAAUUAGCUCUCCUACUCUCUUGCUUUGCUCUCAUAUCCAUUGGAGGUGGUGGCAUCUCAUGCUCCUUAGCAUUUGGUGCUGAUCAGCUCAAGAAAAAAACUGAUCCUGAUAACCAAAGGGUCUUGGAGAGCUUCAUAAGCUGGUACAUAGCUUUGCAAGCCAUUGCUGUUGUUUUUUCUUUGACAGGAAUAAUUUACAUCCAAGAUCAUUUUGGAUGGAAACUGGGUUUUGGGGUUCCUGCAGCACUUAUGCUCUUGUCCACUUUCCUAUUCUUCAUUAUUUCUCCACGUUAUAUCAAGCAGAAACCUCACAGUAGUAUUUUAACUAGCCUUGCCCAAGUAACAGUUGUUGCCUACAAGAAUAGAAAACUUGCAUUUCCCCCUAAGGACUCAGCUGGAAUGUAUCACCAUGAGAAGGAUUCAACACUCGUUGCUCCAUCUGACAAACUGAGGUUUCUGAAUAAAGCUUGCAUCAUCAAAGAUAGAGAAAAAGAUAUAGCCUCUGAUGGAUCAGCCUCAAGCACAUGGAGUCUUUGUACAAUAGAGCAAGUGGAAGGACUAAAAGCCAUCAUCAAAGUGAUUCCCCUUUGGUCUUCCAGCAUCAUGAUAUCAGUAAGCACUAGCCAAACCUCAUUUCGGUUGCUCCAAGCUAAAACUAUGGACAGACACAUCACUCCAAGCUUCGAAAUUCCUGCAGGCUCUUUUGGUCUCUUCUCAAUGGUGUCAGUAUUCAUAACUGCGGGCGUCUACGAUCGUGUGAUCCUCCCUCUAGCAUCAAAACUCAGAGGAAAAUCAGUUUCUAUCAGUGCGAAAAAGAGAAUAGGAAUUGGGCUGUUUUUCUCUUUUCUGGACUUUGUAGUUUCAGCAGUUAUUGAAACCAUAAGGAGAAGGAGAGCAGUUGAGGAAGGGUACAUUGAUGAUCCUCAAGCAGUGUUGAACAUGUCUGCAAUGUGGCUUAUCCUGCAUCAUGUUUUGACUGGUAUGGCUGAAGCAUUCAAUGCAAUAGGCCAAUCAGAAUUCUAUUACUCCGAGUUUCCAAGCAGCAUGUCAAGCAUUGCUGCUUCCCUCUUCAGCCUUGGAAAUGCUGUGGGAAACUUGGUGGCUUCUAUGAUAUUCAGGAUUGUGGAUGACAUUACUUCCAGAGGGGGAAAACAAAGUUGGGUCUCAGAUAAUAUCAACAAGGGUCACUAUGACAAGUUUUACUGGCUUCUUACCAUGAUGAGUUUUGUUAACAUGCUGUACUAUUUGGUUUGUAGUUGGGGUUAUGGACCAAGUGCAGAAGCUGAACAAGGGAAUAAUACUAAUGUUCACUGUGAGCCAGAGGAGGCAAAGCAAGGUUCCAAUGGGGAACAAAUUCUGAAUCCUAGAUAACUGCUCACUUAGUGCAUGCUUGAAAACCCUUCAAUAAUUGAUUAUGUUGUCGGAAUUAAUUCUGUUGAGAAGCUUCUGUGAGUAGCUUCUCAAUUUGUGGGUAACUUUUUUUCUAGGUUCUGCUUCUGUAGCAGACUAGCAGGUACUUCCAUGAAUCUAAAGUAAUUUUAGUUAUGUUUGAAACUAGUAUCCAUUGUUUGUGUGCAUGACUGCAUGUCAGUUCACUCAGUUGUAUCACGCAAUAAAGUUUAAACUAAGAGCAAAACUGAAUAGCA